GUCGUUCAUUGCAUUUCGCGCUUCAUUACCGCAAUGAGUAGUUUCAUUAGUUCUUCGAUGCUGCUGUUGUUGUUGGUGUCUUUGGCAUUUCAAGGGGCAUCUUACUCCCACAAUGGAUACAACCAGUGGACCCCCAACUUGUACAACACUUACGGAUGCAAUACAUACAUGGGAUGUGUAAGGUGGAAUUUCCAAGCUUACUCGUGCCAAAGUCCGUGCUAUCUAUACUGGUCCAAUCCUCAAGCUGCGGUUCCAUCCGGUUCCGUUGCUCCGACAAUUCCAACUGCAGCAUCAGCAGCCCCAGUAAUACCGACAGUCGCAGAAAUUCCGAGGAAGCCCUGCUACCAAAUAGCUCAUCAACCCAGUGGCAAGCUUCUGAUCGUCGAUAAGAAAGAAGGAGCACUCAGUUCAGCUGCCAGUAACGAGGCUAAAAUAUCUGGCACAAAUCAGUUGAAUUCAUUCUGGAAUGUGGAAUCCGCAGGAAGAGCCGAAGGAGGAUAUCAUUUCCAGAAUCGGAACACGAUGGAAUUUUUGAAAAUAGAUCCAUCCAAGAAUGAAACCCUGCUGGAGCGGCCCCAGUAUCUGGAUUUGGCCUUCCAGUUCAGGCCGGUCUUUACCAACAUGUCCUGGAGCUUGGUGCAGUUGCAAUCCGUCAAUAAUCAUGCCUUUCUGGUGGUUCGAAAGCAUGAGAAUGGUUCUCUUAGCGAAGCUAUUGGCAGUACAUUCGAUUUGAUGAAUAAUAUCAACGGGACGCUGUGGAAUGUUACUUCAUAUUAUUGUUAGUGUUUAAGUAGUUUAAUUUAUUCAUAAGAAGUGUAAGACCAUUGUCGUUUUUUUUGGCAACAGCGGAAAAAUCUUAAUGGAUGGCUCUAGUUUUUUGAAUCCAGAAUCAUUUUGAUAUGAUUUACAAUUAACUUUUCCAGACACCAAUUUAAGUUGAACAAGGCUUUCUAAAUUUAUUUUAUUAGUUUUAAUUGUUAGUGAUGAAAAUUGUCUUAACUCUCUACUGAAAAGGAUCCCAUAAGUCUUCGAAGAUUUUUAUCACAUUUUUUUAGCUUAUUUCAGUCUUAAAAUCAAAUCUCAUUUCUUACAUUUUAAGACAAUAAAAACUAUUAAAAAAUAAUUCUGAUUUUUUGGCAUAAAUUGCUUGGUCAACAAAGUCAUUUCCGUAGACAAUUGUUUUUUCUCAACAGAUUCAUAGUCCAAGCAGUAGGGGGAAUAGGGGCAUAAUGGCCACCUUAAG